GACAAAGUACAAUUUCUGGGUCACACACAGGCCAUUCUGGCUUUUUGUCUCUUCCAAACACCGCUCAGAAAACAAGGUUGUGAGAAAAUAUAGGAAGAAAUAUGGAAACUACAUCUUCAUUUUUCAAAUCUGUGUCCAGGCGAGUGUGGUCCCCACCCCAGCGACCCUUCAGAGUGUGCUGUCACAAGAGGGAAACAAGAAAAGGAAUCACAGCUGGGACCCUGGAGGAGCUGAAGGAGAGGGUAUGCCAGGCUUUGCUGCUGUCCCUGUCUGCAGUAUCUCUGUCUCUGGUUUGCGAGGAAGAUGGUACAGAGGUGGACUCCGAUGAGUUCCUCAUGACCAUACCUGACAACACCAUGCUCAUGGCCCUGGAGCAUGGACAAACAUGGAAACCACAGUCGGGUUCAGUUGUGCUCAGAGACCACAAUAAGCCUCGUACUGGCAGGGACAUAGCACGAGUCACUUUUGACCUUUACAGGAUGAGCCCCAAGGAUUUGUUUGGCUCCCUGAGUGUGAAGGCCACAUUUCAAGGCCUGUACUCUGUGAGUGCUGACUUCCAGUGUCUGGGGCCCAAGAAAGUCCUCAGAGAAGCACUGCGUGUAGCCUCCACCCUCCUUCAUGCUGCUGGGCACCUGCUUCUCACCUCUGCCUCCAUGAUCCGCCGGAUUAUUGAAGGUGCUGAGCUUUGGCAGCCACAAAGGGCAGAGUACACUGCAAGGUGGAACUGACAAGAGCCCUUUUUAUUAUAGGAGGGAUUUAUCUUUCACAUUGAUGGUUAAAAGUCUGAUCUUAAUUCAUUCUCACCAUUAAGCAUCUUACUGAAUACAAACAGUAUUGGGGGAAAAUGUUUUACCUCAGUAUGAUUAAUAAUAGAAAUAAGGUGUUUCUAUAGGUAACACAAACAUCUGCUUCAGUAGUACCUUUAAGUAGUGAUGAUUGUAGCUUUGUGAGUGUUGAUUGUAUGACUGUGAGCCAUAAUUACUUGGAUAGUACUUUAUGAACAGUCAAAAAUAAAAAUGUCUUAUCAAUAGAAAAUAUUAAGCUGAGUAUUGUGGAUAACAAGAACAAGCUUCUUUUUUUUAUUCUUUAUUGUGCAAUAUAUUUUACACAAU